AUGGGCAGUGGCGGAAGUGUGGAGACUGCACCAGUUCCGCCGGCGAUACGGAAGAUGCAGAAGCUGCCGGCAAGCCGCAAAGUACCUUUGGAGAAGGCCGAACGCCGACGAUUACCGGAGAGACGCUCAGAUCUGGUGGUCGAGGCGGUGCCGAGCAUGCAGAAGCCGCAGCGAUUGCCCGAGGCGCUCUCAGAUACGCCGGUUGAGGCGACACCGAAAACUCAGAAGCCACAAUCAAGCCAAGAGGGAAGAAAGGCCGAUGUAAGGCGAUUGCUGGAGCGACGCUCAUCUCCACCUGUGGAGACGCUGAAGCUGCAGACGCCCCAAGUAGGCUCAGAGAAAGAUGAAGCCGAGAUGAAGCGAUUGGAGAUCAAACGUAUGGCCGAGAGACGCUCGAAUCCCUGGGAGAAGAUACCGAAGAUGCAGAAGCCGCAAGGAAACCGGACUGUGGAGACGGCCGAAAGCAAGCGACUGCCGGAGAGAUGGUCGGUACCCCCAGUUGAGACUAUGGCGAUGAUGCAGAAGCCACAGAAGCCACAGGCAGUCAGCCAGGGAGAGAAGGCUGAUAUCAGGCGCUUGCUGGAGGGAGGCAGAGGCUCAUCGCAGGGGGAGAGGAUCCAGAGAACGCAGCCACAGGCAAGCUCCGAGCGAGAGACUUACGAGAUCAGGCCAUUGCGGGAGAGGUGGCCAGAGAUGGUCACUUCACCAAUUGACACGAUGUCGGACAUGCCCGACAUGCCGAUGCCGCCAGCAACCUUCGUGAGGGAGAGGGCUGAGAUAAGGCAAUUGCGGGCAGAACGUCUGCGGGAAGAGCGUGAUCUCAAUGUAAAGCGAAGCUUCAAUCUGCGCGCGGUGCGCUGCAACUGCGGUUGCUGA